CCCAAUGGACCCGCUGGUGACGCCUUCUAUAUCGGAUUCUGGGAUGAUGGAAAUCCGGUACCACGGUACCUCGGUCGCUCCGAUUCUAAAGAGAUCUUCGACACUUUGAAGUUAAUGGUGUCGGAAAGCCGGACGCGCGUUCUCUGGCUGAUUUCAGAGAGAAAGUCGCCUUGAUGACUGCUAGUGAAAAGAGCAAAAAGGGUGCAGCUAAGGCAAAGAAGACUCUUGACCAAGCUCAACGCUAUCAAGCAUCGCGCGAUAUUGUUAAGCGUGUGCAAACCUACAUCGGCAUCAGAAAGCCAGAUGAUGGCAUCGAGGCCGCUUUAUUCAAGGCCCACGAGUCUCGUGUGGAGUGGUAUGAUCCAAAGGCGAUCGCCGCUGCGGUCUCCAGAGAGGCCACCGCCAAGUUCGGACCAGCAACAUUCUUCGACGCAGGAAAGCCAAUGAAGUUCACCCCAGAAGACUCCGUUGUUUUUAUCUCCGUCGAUGUUGAGGCCAACGAAUUCAACCAUAGGGAGAUCACGGAGAUCGGAGUGGCCACAUUGGACACACUUGAUUUGGUCCAGUUGGUGCCAGGCAAGGGAGGCGAGAAUUGGAUGAAACAAAUUCGUGCCAGACACUUCCGUAUCAACGAAUAUCGACAUGUGAUCAACAGAGUUCAUGUUUCGGGAUGCCCAGGUAGCUUCGAGUUCGGUAAGAGCGAGUUUAUCAACCUUGCCAAUGCACCUGCUGCAAUUGCCUCUUGCUUCAAGGCUCCUUUCUCCGGAGCUGACACAACAUCGCUAGACCAGGACAUGCCGAAGAGAAACAUCGUUUUGGUCGGUCAUUCUAUCGGUGCUGAUAUUGCCUUCCUCAGGGACAUGGGAUAUGAUGUUACCAACUUGGCGAACUUGAUCAACACGGUAGAUACUGGAGAUAUGUGGAAGUAUGUGAAGAAGGUCAUGAUUGGACUUGCUAUUAAGCAUGUCCAGGAUAAGGGAAAGUCCAAGGUGGUAUUUCCUACCGAAAACAAAUUUGGCGAGGACAAUCUUGCUAUCACUCGUACUACCAAUGCUAGUGGAUGGGAGAUCGAUGAGGAGGAUGCCCAAGUUGCUGCUGCUCAUGAGGCUUUGAAGCAACUCCCGCUGCCAGAGGACGACGACGAUGACGAUGAGUGGGGCUUUCAGAAUCCGACAGGAGUUCCUUGGAGCACUGAAUAUAUCAGCUAUCUCGAUGAUGGUGCGCAACCGGGUGGUCUACAGGAGCCCCUUGUCCCAUCUUCGACGGUUGCAACUUUGCAACAAGAAGACUCUGACGAUGCUCCAUCUACGACUCCCGAUUUAGUGAUGACUGAACAAGAAGCUCUCGAUUUCGUUAUGAACGCUCCCUGGGGCGAUGAAGGGGCACUCAUGGAGCAGCUUGGAAAGAUCCGAUUGGCUCCUAGUCAAUGAGCGAGCUGCCCAAGUCUCUCUCGGUACUAAUGAUUUCAGAACGAAUUUCGCGAGCACUUGCAGGAGUCCAAAACCACGCACUGGCUGGUCAUGGGGAACUUCUGUUAUCAUCUCAAAGCAAUGAUUGACGUUGCAUAGUGAGUUUUCCGGUACAUAGAGGAUUUGCGCAAGCACUGUAUGGACUUCCGAAAGACUCGCA